AAAGAGCUGAAUACCAAGGCCAGCUCAUCACGUCAAUCGCCGGCAGCCAAGCCUGCCAGAGAGCUACGCUCGAGGAGAAAAGAGCUGGAAACCAAGCCCAAGAAAAGGGAUAACACAAAAGAAGCAAUAGCGUCCGAAGACGCAGAUGAUACUCCACGCUCCAAACAAGAACCCUGGGGCAUCCAAAAGUCCGCUCUCGAACGCAAAUUCGGCGAGACAGGCUGGCAACCACGCAAACGUCUCUCUCCCGACACUCUCGAAGGCAUCCGCGCGCUACACGCCUCCAAUCCAUCAACAUACAACAUCGACAUGCUCCGCGAACACUUCCAGAUCAGCCCGGAAGCGAUCCGUCGUGUUCUCAAGUCGAAAUGGAAGCCCAACGCGGAGGAGAUUGAGAAGAGGAUGAAGCGAUGGGAGAAACGAGGAGUCAAGAAGUGGUCGGAGAUGGCGGCUCAAGGGCAGAAGCCGCCGAAGAAGUGGCGCGAGAUGGGAGUGCCGAAUCCGAACCUGCAGAAGAGGGUGGCCUGGGAGGGUGAA